CGCCCUUGUCGACGCUGGCGCCGUGGGACAUUGUCCGCCCGCGCAACUGGUACCCGCACAUGAACCUCGAGCAGUCGCUCAUGGACUUGGAGCUGGCCGAGGUCGCGAGCGCCAUGCUCCCACUGCGCAGCUCCAUCAUGCUCUCGAUGCCACCGAGCGACGACGCGUUCUUCGCCGACUUGCCGACGGGCGCCGACCCCGCGGCCGCGAUCCUCGCCGGUGACACGGACGCGCUACGCACGCGCGCGUGCUCCAACUAUUCGUUUUCGAGCGCGUCGGCGAUUGACGACAAGGGCCGCCGCGUGUCGAGCGUCCGCCGCCGCUACGAAGACUCGGACGGCCGUCUCAAGGCGGUGCACGAGCGCGAGGUCGAUGGGAAGCGCCUCAUCACCAAGUGGUCCAAGCAGGACAAGAACGACAAGGGCGAGCACGUGACGCUGCUCUCGGACGGCAUCGACAAGGCGGGCUUUGAGGCUCUCUGGGCCGAGACGCCCUUCCACAAGGCGCACGCCAAGCACGCGGCCAAGAAGCUCGAGGCGGCCGAGACGGCGGCGCCGGAGGCCAAGGAUGCCGAGACCAAGACGUCGACGCCCUAAGUGGUCUUUGGUCCUCUGUUGUGUAUGGUAUAACGCGCCAUAAUGUUCAUAACACGAUGUAUUUGUCGGUGACAAGAGUAUAAUCUCUCCUCGGU